AUGCUCGAAGCGGACCUAUGCUGGCCUCUAUGGGAGGAGAGCUCAGUGGAAGGAGCCUUCAAACUCGACGCACCGGAAGGCAAUAUAGGCCAGGCAGUUAUCACUAAAGUCGAGCGUCCUUUUCUCCUUGGUUACCGUCCAGCCAAACCCAAUGGACGGGGAGUGUUGAUUCUAGGAGGCGGCGGCUACGUUCAGCUCAUGGUUGGUCGGGAAGGCAUCGCGGCAGCGAAAUGGCUAACCAGCCUUGGAUUCCAUGCCUUUGUUCUGGUCCACCGAUUUCCAACCGCAGAUACAGGUGCUGAGGCGCCUUUAAACGAUGCCAGACGCGCGUUCAAAUUAAUGUCGGAAUCCGGGCUCAUACCGCAGGGACAGGGCAUCUGCGGCCUCUCUUCGGGUGGUCAUCUCGGAGCUGCGCUUAUGGCUCAAUAUCCUGAAACAUGGACAUCGCCUGAUCUAGAUGUUCCUCAAGCUCAAUUUGCCAUUAUCGGAUAUGGACCAAUCUCGACAAAUGCGGCUGGACGUACUAUCGUUGCGAAUAAGCCGCCUCUUCCGCCUCUGGAGAAGCAAGCUCUCUACGAUGAAUUACAGCCAGAUGUCCAGCUAAAUGCUCCCGCUCCACCUACUUUUAUUGUUUAUUCUAAUAAUGACCCCGUUGUCCCUGUUGUCAAUGCCUAUCGUCUUGCCGAGGGCAUAACUAAGAGUGGCGGCUCUGUUGAGCUUCAUGUCUUCGCGGAUGCGCCUCAUGGCUUGGCAUUCGAUACGGAGAAUUUACCUGUUUCUAACUGGCCGUUGAUGUGUGAAGCAUGGCUCAGACAACAUAGUUGGAUAGAAUAG